UGUGCUCGCAUCUAUUUUUAGUGUGUCUUCAUGUCAGGAACCUUCUCACCUUGUAAUCAUGGGCUCGGAGCAAGAAAUCCCCCAAGCAUCUGUGAGUAAUAAUGACUCACCUUCUUUCAAAACACAUUUGUGAUCUGGAAGUUCUUUGACUCUCCCAGUUUUUCAAGUGACAAAGCAGCAAAGCCGGAAGAGGCGCGAGCUGGCGAUGGCUGAGAAGUGCGACUGCAUCGCCAGCAUGUACGGCUAUGACCUGGGCUGCCGCUUCGUUAACUUCCGGCCCUUGGGCUUUGGGGCGAAUGGACUGGUGCUGUCAGCCCUCGACAGCAAGAGCUGCCGCAAGGUGGCCGUGAAGAAGAUCACCAUCAGCGACACACGGAGCAUGAAACACGCCUUCCGGGAGAUCAAAAUCAUCCGCAGGCUCGAGCACGACAACAUCGUGAAGGUCUAUGAGGUGCUGGGACCCAAGGGGACCAAGCUGCACGGGGACUUUUUCAAGUUUAACAUGGUGUACAUCGUGCAGGAGUACAUGGAGACAGACCUGGCCCGGCUGCUGGAGCAGGGCAAGCUCAUGGAGGAGCAUGCCAAGCUCUUCAUGUACCAGCUGCUCCGUGGGCUUAAGUACAUCCACUCGGCCAACGUGCUCCACAGAGACCUGAAGCCGGCCAAUAUUUUCAUUAGCACGGAGGACCUCGUGUUGAAGAUCGGUGACUUUGGGCUAGCAAGGGUUGUGGAUCAGCAUUACUCUCAUAAG